GCGCCCAGCCUCCUCCUCCCAUUGGCUGGCGGGAGGGGAAAAGGAGUCAUCCCAUGAGCUCACUUCCGGCCAGGGAGCGCGCGGGUUGAUUCGUCCUUCCUCGGCCGCGGGUGCUCCCCGAGCUCGGAAAUGGCGGGAUUUGGUGCUAUGGAGAAAUUUUUGGUUGAGUACAAAAGUGCAGAGGAGAAGAAACUGGCAGAGUAUAAAUGUAACACCAACACAGCAAUUGAACUAAAAUUAGUUCGCUUCCCCGAAGAUCUUGAGAAUGAUAUUAGAACUUUCUUUCCUGAAUAUACCCAUCAACUCUUUGGGGAUGACGAAACUGCUUUUGGUUACAAGGGUCUGAAGAUCUUGUUAUACUAUAUUGCGGGUAGCCUGUCAACAAUGUUCCGUGUUGAAUAUGCAUCAAAAGUCAAUGAGAACUUUGACUGUGUAGAGGCAGAUGAUGUCGAGGGCAAAAUUAGACAAAUCAUUCCACCUGGAUUUUGCACAAACACAAAUGAUUUUCUUUCUUUACUGGAAAAAGAAGUUGAUUUCAAGCCAUUUGGAACCUUACUCCAUACAUACUCUGUUCUAAGUCCAACAAGGGAGAACUUUACCUUUCAGAUAUACAAGGCUGACAUGACGUGUAGAGGCUUUCGAGAAUAUCAUGAAAGGCUUCAGACCUUUUUGAUGUGGUUUAUUGAGACUGCUAGCUUUAUUGACGUGGAUGAUGAAAGAUGGCACUACUUUCUAGUAUUUGAGAAGUAUAAUAAGGAUGGAGCUACGCUCUUUGCGACCGUAGGCUACAUGACAGUCUAUAAUUACUAUGUGUACCCAGACAAAACCCGGCCACGUGUAAGUCAGAUGCUGAUAUUGACUCCAUUUCAAGGUCAAGGCCAUGGUGCUCGACUUCUUGAAACAGUUCAUAGGUAUUACAUUGCAUCUCCUUCUGUUCUUGAUAUUACAGCGGAAGAUCCAUCUGAAAGCUAUGUGAACUUAAGAGACUUUGUGCUUGUGAAGCUUUGUCAAGAUUUGCCCUGUUUUUCUCGGGAAAAGUUAAUGCAAGGAUUCAAUGAAGAUAUGGCAAUAGAGGCACAACAAAAGUUCAAAGUAAAUAAGAAACAUGCUAGACGGGUUUAUGAAAUUCUUCGCCUACUGGUAACUGACAUGAGUGAUGCUGAACAAUACAGAAGUUACAGAUUGGAUAUUAAAAGAAGACUAAUUAGCCCAUAUAAGAAAAAGCAGAGAGAUCUUGCUAAAAUGAGAAAAUGUCUUAGACCAGAAGAACUGACAAACCAGAUGAACCAAAUAGAAAUAAGCAUGCAACACGAACAACUGGAAGAAAGCUUUCAGGAUCUUGUGGACGAUUAUCGACGUGUUAUUGAACGCCUUGCUCAAGAGUAAAGAUUAUACUGCUCUGUACAGGAAGUUUGCAAAUUUCUGUACAUUGUGUAGUGAAAAAUAUAACUAAUUUUAAAAUCUUGUAACAUUUUACUUACAUUAAAAGUUAUCUAUCUUUAGUUGAAUAUUUUCUUUUGGAGAGAUUGUAUAUUUUAAAAUACUGUUUAGAGUCUAUGAGCAUUUAUUACAUUUUAAAGAUACAACUUCUGAAAUGUCAGUGCAAAAUUGCUUGCCUUCUUAAGCAGUAUAAUAAAUGCUUAGUUGUGUUAC